AUGCUCCCUUCGCCUCCACCCUCUGCCUUUUCUUUUCUCCAACCACCAAGGAAUUUGGCGAGUCAAUUCGAGCUGACGACGCAGUCGGCAUUGCCAGACCACCCUACAGUUGCAGAUCUUCCGCGAGCAGUGUGGAGGAACAAACGAUAUGUUUUGGAAGAGUCCUUGUCCCGGAAGGGCUCAAAGGGUCGGAAGAGCUGGAUCAAGCGCCAUGGACUUUUUCUUGUUGAGAUUGACACUAACGACAGUCCGCUGAGUCCUUACUGGGCCUGUCGCCUGUGCGACGCGAAGGGUCAGCCUGAGUUCUUCGCCGCUGCUGCUACGAGUUCGGCAGCGGACCAUCUCCGCAAGAAUAGCAGUCAAGCAGCCGAUCCAGAUCUGUCAACCGAUGAAUCUGAACGGCCUAAGCGACGACGCUUGCAGUACAGUACUGUGCCGCGCGCCAGAGUCAAGACGAUCCGAUAA